AUGGACCAGAAACUGAACUGGACAGACCAUGUUCACUAUGUCUAUGAGAAAGCAACGAAAACUGCCCAGGCCCUAAAAACUAUUUGCAGGAACCGGUGGGGUUAUGGCCCUUUGACAAGCAGGACUCUCUAUAUAGCGGCAAUUGAGCCUAUCAUCACAUACGGAGCAGAAAUUUGGGGCUCAGCGGCCACCAGAGUACAUAUUCGUAGGAAGCUCCUGUCAAUCCAAAGGCUGUUAGGUAUCAAUGCUGCCAAAGCAUACAAGACAGCCCCCACUGAGGCCCUUCUUGUAAUUAACCGGACUUUGCCCAUUGACCUAAAGGUCAAAGAAAUUUUCUUAAAAUAUAAUCUCGACAAAGUGGCCAAGAAAGAGACCAGCCUUGAGCAUUUUAACAACAUAAUAGCAAAAGAGAAGCACUGUGAGGAUAUCAAUUCUCUUGCGGAGCUUCUCAUCUCCAAUGGUUUUGACAAGCAUUAUGACUACUACCCCAUCCACCCCAGUUUUGUCCCAUCUUACAGCCUCGACAACAGCUACAAUGAGAACCACAACAUCCAUAUUUAUACUGACGGGUCCAAGGCUCCUGAGGGGGUGGGCUGUGCGGUCGUAAUCUACAAGGACCAGCAGUGCCUAUAUCAGGCAUGCAGGAAAUUAGCUCCGCACUGUACCAACAAUCAGGCGGAGUCUCUUGCCAUCUACCUUGCCAUAGAUUGGAUUCUAUCUAAUCAACACAACUGGAAGAAUCACAGCUACGGAAUAUUUAGUGACAGCAGGAUAGCAAUCCAACAGAUCAUUAAACUUAACUCCACCCUCCCCAUUGUUAAUGACAGCAUCCGCAAGCUUCAAGAACUUACGGCUCUUAACAUCAGGGUGGACUUUCAUUGGAUCAAGGGUCAUUCAGGGAUCACGGGGAACGAGCGGGCUGAUCUUCUUGCUCGGAAAGCACGUACUUUGGCCUCCACCACUUCUUACACUGGCAUCAGCAAAAACUAUGUCAAGAAUGAGAUACACAAGAUUAUCCUCAAGCUCUGGCAGUCCCGCUGGGAUAAUGGGGACACGGGAAGGCUCACCCAUAGCUUUUUCCCAUCUCCCACCGACAGUAUGCACGACCCACGCUACACCACCUUCCAGCUUACUCAACUCCUUACAGGUCACGGGAAUUUAAACUCCUACCUCAAGAGGUUUCUCAAUAAGACUGACGGUCAGUGUAACUGCGACCUGAAGGAAGAGGAAGAGCCUGUGCACGUUAUCUUCCACUGCCCUUUCCACAUUACUCAUCGUAAGAAACUGGCAGAGACUGUUCAGGCAAAUGGGCUCAACUGGCCUUGCACUCUCAAAGACUUCACUAUUGAUAAGAACAAUUUCAAGGCCCUGAAGAAAUUUGCAGCUGAUAUCAAGAAGCUCGACUAG